AGCCUCCGUCGAUUCCUUCCCUACCCAAAAGGCCCUCACAAAAAAAGGAAAAAGGAAAGGGAAAAAAAAAAGAAAAGCGGCACCAGCAACAGCAGCGACCGGGGCCGAAAUGGUCGUCGCCGUCGCCUCACCUUCCUCGUCGCCGGGCGCCGCCGGGCGCCCACACCCGACCUACAAGGAGAUGAUCCUGCAGGCGCUGGCGGAGCUUCAAGAUCCGAUCCGGUCCAGCCGCCGCGCCAUCGCCAAGUACAUCUCCGAGAACUUCUCCGGCCUCCCCUCUCGCCACGACGCGCUCCUCUCCGUUCACCUCCGCCGCCUCAGGUCCCAGGGCCUUCUCCUCAUGUCUGGGCACUCGUACCUUCUCUCCACCUCCGCCUCCGGAUCCGCUCCGCAGCAACGCCGAGGCAGAGGCCGACCGCCCAAGAAAGCCUCCACCGCGCCUGCAAAGCGCGGGCCUGGCCGACCUCGCCAGAAUACAUCAGCUUCUGCUCUGUUCCCGGUUCCUGUGCUUGAGGCGAAGCCUGGGCGGCCCCGGAAGAAACCUCUCCCUGUGGCCUUCUCUGCUGCUGAGCCGCUGGGAGUGGGAGCGAAGCGGGGACCUGGGAGGCCGCGCAAGAGCGCCGCCUCUCCCGUCGCUCCGCCGCCUGCAUCUCGACCGAAGCGAGGGGUUGGUCGGCCACGGAAGAACGCCACUCCCAUGGCUCCUCUGGUACUCAAGCCUGGACCUGGGAAGCCGUCUGGAUUCAAACGUGGGCCUGGCCGCCCUCCCAAGAAUGCCAUUCCUGUUGUGCCCACUGCUGUGUUGGGAGUGAAGCGAGGUCGUGGACGCCCUCCUAAGAAUGUGCCAAUCCUAUCCACUGCACCUGGUGCAAAGCUACCCACUGGUAAACCCCAGCUUGGACGACCGCGUAAGGUUGUGGUAACUAUUGCUGUCAAGCGCGGGCCUGGACGCCCUCGCAAGAUUGCCGCAGUGGAAAGUUCCUCAGAUAACGCUGUGGUCAAUACCAGUGUGCCUGCUGCAAGGCGGGGACGUGGGCGUCCUCCUAAGGCUAAGCUGCCUGCUCAUGGCGGCAUUGCUUCUUCUGCAGUGCCUUCGCUGAUCGCUCAGGAAAGAAAGCAUGGCCAAACCUAUAAGAAGAGAAGAAUGCCAGGGCGCCCUAGAAAGGAUAAGCCAUUGCAAUCUGGGAUUGUGCUGUCUGGAGAUGAUGCGUUGACUAAGAGAGGCCCUGGGAGGCCAAGAAAGAAGAGGCCCUUGGAAGCUGCUGGUGUUGUGGCAGCAGAGGUAGAAGCUAGUCCCACUGAAGAUGGAGUUGAGGCCGGAGCUGUUCAAAAUGGAGGUGUUGUGGGGAAAAGAGGCCGUGGGCGUCCAAAAAGGGAGAAACCAUCAUCAGCAAGGCCUGCUGAAACUGGAGAUGCUAAGUCAAUGGGGAUCAAGAGAGGCCGUGGCAGACCAAGAAAGGACAGUUCCUUUCAAGCUGUGUUUGCAGGAAUAGCAAGUGAGGUGUCGCGAAAUGUGACAGAAGCUAGGCCCGAAGGGGAUGCAGAUUUACUGUCUGGGAAACAAUCAGAGACUGCAGCUGUAGUUUCUGGGGAGAGCAAAGAAACUAGGCCUGCAGAUGCUGGUGUUGUUGUGGUUUCUGGAGAGAAGACAUCAAUUGAUCCGGUGGAGGCUGGAAGUGUAAUGUCAUGUGUUGAGGCAGGAGUUGAUCGCGUGGACUCUAACCUGGGCACUGCUAAUCUAUAGUGUGACUGGCGUCAGCACAGAAGGGAGAACCUGGACGGCUGGCAGUACCUGCAGGUGUGAAUGUGCGCUCACUGGUUUAGCUGAAUACAUACUGUGAAAAUUGGUAGAUGUUGCAACCAAAAUUAUUACUGUCAUGUUGUUAAGUAGCUUCUCGAGCUCAGGAUCAGAGUAUGCUUUUAAUGAUAUUCACUUUUCAGAUAAUUUUUGAUAAUGGUCCUUAGGUAGCACAUAUAAUUCCUUUAGGAAUGACUAGAUAUAUGUUGCUUUAUUUGCCCACAGUGGCGAUGAGACACUUCAGUUUUUACUUCCAAUUUGAACAUCCAUCAGUGUUUCAUUCAA